UGUGUAAUAUUUAUUUCAUCUUAUUUUUUUAUAUAUAUUUUUUAUAUAGCUACUUGUUCGAUGUAAACAGUUGCUAUGGCAACGACAUCAAGCAUCAUGGCAGACGAAGAAGUACCACCUUUGGAAGAUGUACCAGAAGUCUUGGAAAAGUUGAAAAUUGCAUCUCAGACUGAGCAAAUAAACUCAACCACAUCAAUAGCAGAGAAGAAAAAUGAUGCCAAACAUGAAGCACAAACACAAAAAUCAUCUACUGGAUUUGGAGGGAUGAAAAAAGGAUUUUUGUUUGGAGGAUCUGCAAAACCAGUUAAAAAGAGUAUCAGCAAGAGGCUAGAAGCAAACCCCAAAGUCUCAGACGUCCUCUCUGACCCAGCCUGGAUUCCGAUUCUUGAUGAAUUUCAACGAGACCCUGAAGCUGCCAUGAAGAAAUAUAAGGAUGAUGCUGAAAUAAGGAGCACCAUGUUAGAGUUAUGCAAUGUAUUAGGUGACACAUUCCUUCACAUGAGCCGCAGCAAUACCUCAGAGGAGGAGAAGCUUGCUGAAAAGCUAAUGGAAGACCCCAAGGUGAAGGAAGCCCUAACUGAUCCUCUGGUCAUGACAAUGAUGGCACACAUGAAGAAUGGAGCCAGUGAUAAAGUGCAGAGAUGCUUCCAGUCAGCAAACCCUGAACAAAGGAAGCAUAUUCAGACCUUAAUUGAUUUUGGUCUGUUUUCCUUUGCAAUGUAAUGUUAAAGUCUUAGUUGUAUUACUGGAAAAAAGCUCCAUAAGAUAUAACCUUUCAAAAGUGUAAGAAAACAAAAUAUAUUUGGAAUAAAAAUCUUUUCAUAAUCA